UGGCUCCGACAUCAAGACAACACGAUCGAGUUGCUCACUGUGGGCGACAAUACCUACUCCGGGGACUCGAGGAUCAAUAUUUCAUAUCAAUGCUCUGCUGGAGGUCAUCGAUAGCGACGGAAGACCCAUGAAAACUCAAUACUACAAUCCCGGAUCCGAGAUCGAAUUGACUUGUGUGGUUCGAAGUCGAGCCAACUGGUCCACCAACGUGGAGUGGCUCAAGGACGGCCAAGUCCUGGAUCUCAAUCACAGACCUUCUGUCAGCAUUGGCACUCAAGUGGAAGCCAAGCAUGUCCUAAGUCGGCUCUGGAUCGGUGGAGCCUCGGCUAGUGAUACUGGUAACUACACGUGUACCAUACCCAAGUAUUCGCCAGAUGCCUUCCCCAGGGCCCGGGUCAAGGUCCACGUUGUUGACG